AUGCCCGAUUACAAAAGGAACUCCAAAACCUCCGGAAGACUCCAAAACCAUCCACCAAAUAUUUUUCUUGCGUUUCCAAUGGAGUUAAUCGCCUGGUUCUUCCUCUCAUUCUUUACAUGCCAACAAUCUUCGGCUUUGGAAACUGGUCAUGAACUGGGCCUUCAGUUUCUGACUCGUGAGCUGUUAGCAGCAGCGAGAGAACCAGACUUCUUUGAAUGGCUGAGAGGAAUCAGAAGAAGAAUUCACGAAUAUCCAGAGCUAGGAUUUGAAGAGUACAGAACAAGUGAGAUCAUCAGAUCUGAGCUUGAUUCGCUUGGAAUUGACUACAAAUGGCCUGUUGCCAAGACUGGCGUCGUAGCUACCAUCGGUUCCGGUCAAAAGCCAGUUUUUGGUCUCAGAGCUGACAUGGAUGCCCUGCCUCUACAGGAAGAAGUAGAUUGGGAGCACAAGAGCAAGAUUGAUGGCAAGAUGCAUGCCUGUGGUCAUGAUUCUCAUGUAGCAAUGCUACUUGGAGCAGCUAAGUUACUCCAAGCCAAAAAAGACACACUGAAGGGAACCGUGAAGCUUGUUUUCCAGCCAGGAGAAGAAGGCCAUGCCGGUGCGUACCAUAUGUUACAAGAUGGUUGUCUUGAUGACGUUGACGCCAUCUUAAGCAUACAUAUUAUUCCAUCAGUACCAACCGGUGCCAUUGCUUCAAGACCCGGUCCAGUGCUAGCUGGUGUGGGACUUUUUGAAGCUACAAUCCGAGGAAAAGGUGCUCACGCUUCAUCCCCACAUUUGGCUAGGGACCCAAUUCUUGUGGCAUCAUCUGCAGUCGUUGCUCUCCAGCAGAUAGUAUCUCGAGAGACUGAUCCUCUUGAAGCUGCGGUGGUGACAGUGGGGUACAUAGAGGGAGGCAAAGCUGGAAAUGUAAUUCCGGAAUCUGUGAAAUUUGGUGGAACCUUCAGGAGUUUGAGCAGCGAAGGUGUCUCUUACAUACAAAAGAGAAUCAAAGAGAUUAUAGAGACCCAUGCAGCAGUGCAUCGAUGCAAUGCUACAUUGUACUUUAUGGAGGACAGACACCUGCCACAUCCUGCGAUGAUUAACGAUGAACAACUGUACAAGCACGCAAAGAAGGUUGGAGAGGCCUUACUUGGAGAACCGAAUGUGCAGCUAUUCCCAGUAACAAUGGGAGCAGAGGAUUUCAGCUUCUUCUCCCAAAGGAUGCCUGCUGCAAUAUUUGUGAUCGGGACAAUGAAUGAGACUCUGAAAUCACAUCAGCCACUUCACUCACCUUACUUCUUUAUUGACGAGGAGGCUCUUCCAAUAGGCACAGCUCUUGAUGCUGCUGUUGCAAUCUCAUACUUGGAUACACAUGUUGUGAAGACUUGCGAGGAACCUCCCUCGGCUUAUGCUUUUUGA